CAGAGUUUACUGAGGGCACAUCAAUGCUUUCGGUGCGGAAAGUUUGUCAGCUGUAAGUCAAAGUUCCUUAUGCACCAGAGAAUGCACACAAGGGAGAAACCUUUUCAAUGCUCAGAUGGUAGAAAUAGAUUCAGGCAGAGAGACCAUCUUCAACAGCAUCAAAGAACUCACACAAAGGAGAGACCUUUUGAAUGCUCAGAGUGUGGGAAGAGAUUCAGUCGGAGUAGCAGUCUUCAACAGCAUCAAAGUACUCACACAAAGGAGAGACCUUUUGAAUGCUCAGAGUGUGGGAAGAGAUUCAGUCGGAGUAGCAGUCUUCAACAGCAUCAAAGAACUCACACAAAGGAGAGACCAUUUGAAUGCUCAGAGUGUGGGAAGAGAUUCAGUCGGAGUAGCAGUCUUCAACAGCAUCAAAGAACUCACACAAAGGAGAGACCUUUUGAAUGCUCAGAGUGUGGGAAGAGAUUCAGUGACAGAAGCACCCUUCAUGGGCAUCAAAGAACUCACACAAAAGAGAGACCUUUUGAAUGCUCAGAGUGUGGAAGGAGAUUCAGUGACAGAAGCAAGCUUCGCAGGCAUCAAAGAACUCACACAAAGGAGAGACCUUUUGAAUGCUUUGAGUGCGGAAAGAGAUUCAGUCAGAGUAGUACUCUUCAAUCUCACCAAAGAACUCACACGAAGGAGAGACCUUUUGAAUGCUCAGAGUGUGGAAAGAGAUUCAGUCAGACUGGCCAUCUUCAACAGCAUCAAAAAACUCACACAAAGGAGAGACCUUUUGAAUGCUCAGAGUGUGGGAAGAGAUUCAGUCGGAGUAGUACUCUUAAAAGGCAUCAAAGAACUCACAUUAAGGAGAGACCUUUUUAAUGUUCAGAGUGCAGAUAGAGAUUCAGAGUAGCCAUAUUUAAAGGCAUCAAAGAACUCACACAAAGGAGAGACCUUUUGAAUGCUUCAAGCAUGGAAAGAGAUUCAGUUGUAGUAGCCCUUUUCAGAGCCAUCAAAGAACUCACACAAAGGAAAAACCUAUUGAAUCCUAAAUAUGUUUUUGGCUUGAUAUGUUGGUUUGUAUGUGUUUUUUGUUUUGUACUAGUAUUGCAGCUAGUAUUAUUCCAUGGCUAGCACUAUUCCAUUGAUUCCUAUGAUGUCCUUUUCUCAUCCAUGUAUAUGG